AGCAGUUUAACAGCUCAGCAGAAUCUCUACUCAGCCUUUCAAGCUUAGAAAGGAAGCUUUUGAACCUUUCAUCAUUUGAUAAGCAGGCAGAUUGUAAUGAAGACACUGCGACAAAUAUCAGCUGUGAAGAUAACAAGGACGGUAAGAGUGAAGAAGAGAGCAAAUGUGCUCUUAUAGAGAAAUUCAAGAUCCCCAAGAUGGAGGUAGACAUUCCCAGGCAGCCUGCAGCAAUAUCUGAACAAGAACAGGAAGUUUCAUCUUCCAGGGGAUUCAGCAUUGGCUUUUUUGAUUUCAGGAAACAUAUUAGCAAAAUAUUUGAACAGGCAGUACCAAAUUCCCUGACUGCAGACUUGUCUCACCUGGCCACUGAACAGAGUCCAAGUAUGAGGGGCAGCCCAGUGGCUAAAGAAAUAGAGGUUAAGCAAGGACUGGAAGAAAUUGCUAAUAGCAAUGAAAAGGGAGACCCAGAGAAUGAUUGGAAGACAGAAGUAUGCACAUUGCCUAAAGAGACUGAACUUUGUGAUAGAGCCACUAAAGAGAAAAUAGCACAGGAAGAGGAACACAAAGGAAUGCUGGCAAACAGUCAGGAAUACUGUUUGCCAAGUGCCUUUUCAGAAAAGAUCCCUAUCGACAAAUAUUGCUUAAAUGAAGACUCUCUUGCAACUUUCCCCAAGUUAGUUAAGAAAGUGGAUAGCUUAUGCAGUCAUGAAAUGAAGGCAGAGGUAAAUGACCAUCUUUGCGCUUUAAGUAGUGAUGGGGCUGAGAACCAAGCGAGCACAGAAAAAGUAGUGUUUCAGUCUGAAAAUUCUGGAAGCCAAGAAAUAGAGAAUCUUCCAUCUUCUGCUAAAAAUGAAGAGCCUUUAAUCAUACCUGUUUCUACAGAAGUUGUUCCUAAUUUUGAAGCAGCUGCUGCUGCUGUUGCUGCUGAAGGAAAGGAAGGUAACUUAAUUAGUCUCUGUAAUGUUGAAACAGACAAAUCUAAAGAACAGUUAAUAUAUUAUGGAAAUAAAAGCAUCGACAAGGGAAACAGUGAGAACAGUAUUGACCUAAGCAAGAUUUCAUCAUUGCCAUUUCUUCUAGAUGAUUUUGGAGCCCAUAAAGAACAAACAGAUCAGUCCAGGAUAUUGCCCGAUGAAAAUCCUAAGAACGUUUCCAAUGAAUGUACAUUACAGAACAAAGCAGUUACAGUACUGGAUGCCUUAGAUGGCGAUAAAUGGUUGCAGAAGUCUGUAGUUGUUGUAGAGGAAGAGAAGAGAGGGGACACAGCAGAACACAAGCUAAUUACUUACUUUAAAGAUGAAGUAAAUCCUGAUCACUCACAAGAUGAGUCCAAAUCAGGAUCCAGCAGUGUGCAGGAGAGUUGUACAGAAAAAGCAAAUGACAUAAAUUUGAGCACACCAGAAGGACCAGGGUUUUCUACUGAUAUUCCUCAAGCAGGUACUACAAGCGCACUAAUCGUCAAUGACUGUGACUCAGUUUUGCAGGCCAGCAUAGACAUUCAAAGAACUGAUGUAAAAAGGCAUUCGGAAACACUUCAAGGGAAGGAACAAACUAUAUGUACAGAUGUGGAAGUGGCUUCUUUAAAUCAACCCAAAGAAGAACCUGUAAGUUUUCAAGAAGUCCAGGAAAUAAUAUCAACUACUUCACUUUCUGAAUUGGAGCAAAGCUUUCCUAGUUUGCUUGAAAACAUGGCAACAGAAGAAUUACCCCCUGAAAGUUCUUCUGUUCUAGACAAUGCCAUUAAAUUGGAGCCUGAUGUGGAUUCUUUCAAAGAACCACUGACCACAGCCCUCUGUGAUGCUGCUCUUCACGCUACUGAGCUGACUACAGCGAGCACUUCCCAGCUUUGUGAUAGCCAUCAGACUGAUAGCACCAUUGCAUCUCUUCCUGAAUCAUUGACUCCUGAAUUCACUACGGAGAUAAAGCAGUCUGUCAAAGAGAGUGGAAAACCCAUACCUGAAACCAAGAGGAGUUCAGACUCUGAAGAAGCAUUUGAAACACCAGAAUCUACAACUCCUGUAAAGGCUGCAUCUCCACUACCACAACUACCACCGGAAGUUGUAGCAUUUGACAUAGAGGAACAGGAAGUAAGACCUCAGCUUCCAUCAGAAGACACAGGUUGCAGUCCCAGCACACCUCCCAAAGGCCAAGUGAGCUCCGUGUCUCAAAGUUUUUGUUCUGAAACGGUAUCAGUGACUGAUGUUCCUCAUUGUGAACCAAUUGAAGAAACUCCAUUGUCCCCUCCUUCGCACUCAUUUUCUACAGUUUUUGAUGAAGACAAGCCAAUUGCUAGCAGUGGGAUUUACAACCUAGACUUUGAUAACAUUGAAGUUGUAGAUUCCUCACAAGCUGUAGAUCCGAGCUCUCUAGACACAAAGAGUCGGGAUUCCAAGUCACAUGUUAGAAGAAAAUCCACGGAUUCUGUUCCAGUUUCUAGAUCUACUUUAUCUCGUUCCCUUAGUUUACAAGCUGGGGAAUUUGAUGGAGCCUCUUUUCUUGGGAAUAACGAGACAGCAGGUUCUGCAACAGACACUUUUAGUACUGGUUCAAGCAGUGCUUCUAGUACUCUUAAGCGCACAAAAAAACCUAGGCCUGCUUCCUUAAAGAAAAAACAAUUAGCAAAAAAAUCCUUGGACGUAUCUCCAGUAAAAGAGCCAGAAAUAUCAGACCUCAAGCAAGAUUCUGCUGCCUCAAGUGACGAAAAGGUUUCUGAAGAACCUUUGGAGCCCACUGAACCUGAGCCUUUCAACGCUUCUCAAAGCACUGUCAAGAAAGACGAGUCUACUCCUGGACUGGAGGCAUUGUGUGCAUUUGACCCACAUAACUUGGAAGAAAUUCCUCUAUCAGGAGACGGCAAAGUACAGAAAUCUCCACUUGCCAACAAGAAAACUGUAUCUCUUACCACAACACCAGAAGCUGUGGAGGUGACACCAUCAGACACUGGGGGACAAGAAAAUCCUCCAGGGAAAGGCUUGGCAGUGAGAUUGGAAUUUGAUUAUUCUGAGGAAAAAGGCAGUGGUGAGGAGCAGACAGAGAGUCCUCUUCUGCCCAAAAAAGUGGGCAAAAAACCUGGGGCCAAAAUGCCCCUAAGGAGGCCAAAGGCUAAAAAGACUGGGGAAAAACUUGACAAUACUCCCACAACCCCAACCAAGACUCCUGCUGAACCCAAUGAGAUUCCUGUCCCCAAAGGCUCAUAUACUUUUGAUAUUGACAAAUGGGAUGAUCCCAACUUCAAUCCAUUCUCUUCCACUUGCAAAAUGCAGAAGUCUCCGAAACUGCCUCAGCAAACCACCACAACGUACAGUUUCGAACCAGACAUCUCUGAGGAUUCUCUCGAUCCAUUCAAGCCUUCCUCAAAGGUAGCCACCUCUCCCACACAAUCUCCAGCCUCCUUUGAGAUUUCAGCUAAUGUCAGUGAAAUUAAUGGAUCAGAAGGAGAUGGCCUGAACAAGCCUGCAAAAAAGAAGAAGACACCACUCAAGACUGAUACUUUCAGGGUGAAAAAGUCACCAAAAAGAUCUCCACUGUCUGAUGCACCUUCACAGGAAUCCACGGCACUGCCUACUACUGAAACACCCUCUGUUGUAUCCACUGUGGUUCAUGCAACAGAUGAGGAAAAACUGGCAUCCUCUGUGGGCAAUCAGAAAUGGACUUGUAUGACGGUGGAUCUUGAUUCUGAUAAGCAGGAUUAUCCUCAGCCAUCAGAUCUGUCAACGUUUGUAAAUGAAACAAAGUUCAACUCUCCUACAGAAGAGCUGGAAUAUGGCAAUGCAUAUGAAAUAGAAUACAUGGAAAAGAUUGGUUCUUCCAUACCUGAUGAUGAUGGCCAGACGAAACAAUCUUUGUACCUUAUGUUCAAUGCACAGCAAGAGAGUCCAAUCAAGUCUCCUCCAGCCCAUUUAUCAGAUUCUACAACUCCUUGUUCUGGGUCAAGUUUGGAAGAAACAGAAAGCCAGCUUUCCUGUAGUAUAAAACUUCAGCACCCAGCUUCACGAUCCCUGGUAGCUAACCAAGAAUCAUUGGUACAGCCCUCUGAUAAAACAAAAACAAAAGAACUGGAAUCCGUAUCCUUGGGAAGUGCUUCAGACAACAUAGAUAUAAUCACACCCGAAGAUCCCUUUGUUUCUGCUGAUGCUCUCCUUAGUAGGAUAUCUCAUCCAUCUUCAGUAUGUGAUCAGCUUCAGUAUCUGGAGCCUGACUUAGCAGAAAAGAAUCCCCCAGUAUUUGCUCAGAAACUUCAGGAGGAAUUAGAAUUUGCUGCAAUGAGGAUAGAAGCUCUGAAGUUAGCCAAACAAAUUACCUUGUCUUCUUUCAACUCCUUAGAUACUGAGAGAGACCCUGCAGCUGAUGCUUCUAUCUCCAAAAGUGCAUUGUACUCCCGGAUAAGCAGCUCAGAGGGAGAAAAUGCCUCCACUUUGCUUUAUAAGCAGCAAGACGUGGAUACUGCCUUAAGAGUUGCCAGGGAGGAGAUUGUUGCAAAGGAAAGGAUGAUUUCAGAAUGGAAAGAGAAAUACGAAGAGAGUAGGAGGGAAGUAAUGGAAAUGAGGAAAAUCGUUUCAGAGUAUGAGAAGACAAUUGCUCAAAUGAUAGAGGAUGAGCAGAGAGAAAAAUCCAUGUCCCAUCACACAGUCCAGCAGCUUAUUAUGGAAAAAGAGCAAGCAUUAGCAGACCUGAACUCUGUGGAAAAAUCUCUGGCAGAUCUUUUCAGAAGAUAUGAAAAAAUGAAAGAAGUUCUUGAAGGAUUUAGGAAGAAUGAAGAAGUAUUAAAGAAAUGUGCACAAGAAUAUUUAUCACGAGUUAAAAAGGAAGAGCAGAGAUAUCAAGCCCUCAAGGUUCAUGCAGAAGAAAAACUGGACAGAGCCAAUGCUGAAAUUGCACAAGUUCGGGGCAAGGCUCAGCAAGAACAAGCAGCUUACCAAGCCAGCCUUCGUAAAGAGCAGUUAAAAGUGGAUGCCUUGGAAAGAACACUGGAACAAAAGAAUAAAGAAAUAGAAGAGUUGACGAAGAUUUGUGAUGAACUGAUUGCCAAAAUGGGGAAAAGCUAACUUUUAACCAAAACCUUAAAUUACAAUCUUGCGUGCAAUAUGACCAUUGGCACAGUGAUAUCCAGGCAGUGAUGUGAACGGAAUCUAUUUUCACUUUUUUGUAUGCACUACUGUAUUUUUUCUUAAUAAUAUUGAUUUGAUUGUAUGCAGUACUAAGACUAUCAGAAAUCCUUGCUAUUAUCUGCAAUUCUUUCCUUUGUAUAAUUCAUAGCAAGUUGAUCUCAAAAGUUCCUGUAUCAGGGAGAUUUGUCAAGUUCUUUAAUAAAUUACAGUUGCUUAUCCUAGCCUUCCCUUUGUACAUGAGUUCCCAUGUUGGAUGUCUUUUUUGGAUUUAAUAUAAAUGUGUAUUACAUGCAUGGGGACUCUUGCCUUAAGGAGUGUAAAUUUGACCUGCAUUUUCUGAUUUGUAAAAUAAAAUGGAAACUUGAAAAAUUAA